CUGCCCUGCUUCAGUGCAUUUUUUUUCUCAGCUGAAAGAGACUGCUGAAAGACUUGGGGAGCCCGGCUUUAACUGAACAAGACUCCUGUGGGCUGAAUGCACUCAACCUAAGAGUCCAGAACAUCAAGAAACAAAGCGAUACAUUCACACAGUCGAUUCGCAAACUGAUGAUAGAGAGAAAAUGUGAAGAUCUUUAGUUGUCACAGUGUUGGAGCAGUAAACAGUAACCCGGGAAAGAUGGCGAGGACACAGGCUCGCAUGUUCCUCGCCUUGGCUUUGCUGGGAAUUUUCUUUCUCGAUGCCUCGGUGAAAGGAGUGCUGCGGGGAGAGCAACAGGAGGAGGAGGAGGAGGAGAGGUCCUGUCAGGGCGCCUUCGACCUCUAUUUUGUCCUGGACAAAUCUGGAAGUGUGAAGAAUCACUGGAUAGAGAUUUACUCCUUUGUGGAGCAGUUGGCAGAGAAGUUUAUCAGCCCCAUGCUGAGAAUGUCCUUCAUAGUCUUCUCCACUCGAGGAAACAUCAUCAUGAAACUGACUGAGAACAGGGAGGCCAUUACCGGAGGCUUAAUGGCUCUGAGAAGGGUUAUCCCCGGAGGAGACACAUUUAUGAACUUAGGCCUGGAGAUGGCUAAUAUGCAGAUAUUUCAAGAGAAGCAUGGGACAGCCAGUGUUAUCAUCGCCCUGACUGAUGGAGAACUGAAUGAGUGGCAGUUCGACACGGCUCAGCGAGAGGCACAGAGGGCUAGGUCUAUGGGAGCCAUUGUUUAUUGUGUGGGCGUCAAAGAAUUCAACCAGACCCAGCUUGCAACUAUUGCAGACACUGUGGAACAUGUGUUUCCUGUGUGGGGAGGCUUCCAAGCCCUCAGGGGAAUCAUUGACUCGAUCAUUAAGAAGUCCUGUAUUGAGAUUCUAGCAGCAGAGCCGUCCAGUGUGUGUGCAGGAGAGAGUUUUCAGGUGGUGGUGAGAGGCAAUGGUUUUCUCCAUGCCAGAAACAUUGAUCAGGUCCUCUGCAGCUUCAAACUGAAUGAGACACACAGUGUGGAUGAGCGACCAGCUGGAAUAGAGGAUACCUUCCUGCUCUGUCCUGCUCCUGUUGUAGAGGAGGUUGGGAGGGAGAUCUACCUGCAAGUGAGCAUGAAUGAGGGCCUCUCCUACAUCACCAGCUCUGUUCAUAUCACUACUACUGAAUGUUUUGACGGCACCAUUGUGCUGAUAUCGUUGCUGGUGGUGUUCCUGCUGUUGGGUCUGCUGCUGAUGUGGUGGUUCUGGCCUCUCUGCUGCACUGUGGUAAUCAAAGAACCUCCACCACCUCCACCUCCAGAGCCAGACUCGGAUGACGAUGAUGGGAUGCCAAAAAAGAGGUGGCCCACAGUGGAUGCAUCUUACUAUGGAGGAAGAGGUGUGGGUGGCAUCAAGCGCAUGGAGGUGCGAUGGGGGGAGAAGGGAUCCACCGAGGAAGGUGCUAAGCUGGACAAACCUAAAAACGCGGUUGUAAAGAUGCCAGAACAGGAAUUUGAACCCUAUGAGCCCAAACCUCGAAAACCACCCCGCCGCCCCCCACAGCAGAGGAGGUGGUACACACCCAUUAAGGGGAAGCUAGAUGCUCUGUGGGCUCUGUUCAGGAGAGGUUAUGACCAGGUAUCUCUGAUGAGACCACAGCCUGGAGAUCAGGGUCGCUGUAUUCGUUUCCAGCGGGUCAAAGAAGAGGAGUCUACCCCAAACAACAACCGAGCUCCUCCUCAUCCUCCUCCGCCUGUUGAACAGCGACCUCUGGUCUCCAAUUCUGUCCCCCGUACAAAGCCUCCAUCGAGAGGGCCCCGCACCACGCCACCCUCCCGCGCACCCCCUCCCAUGGUCCAAGCCCCUCCAGUUCCACCCCCAACUCGUGCACCCCCGGGGCCCCCAGGACCCCCGCCAUCCCGACCCCCACCCAGGCUCUGAUGACGAAGAGUGGGCCUCUGAUAAACAACUGAUACAUCAACUCAUUCUAUAAAAAACAUGUCCUCCUUUCACCCCAAAGACUCACAGACAGCAGAGAGGCGUAAAAUCUUAUAAGCCAGGAGCUCAUAUUUGAAGCUCUGUGCUUUGUUGCUGGACAGCAAAAAAUAUUUAUCUGAUAUCAAAAUCAGCUACUGAGUUCCAUCAAGAUAACAUUUUUAUAUAAAAAAAAAAACAAAAAAUAUCCUAACAUCAUAGAAAAAUGAGCAUGUAGUUAUCUGAUUAAGCCUGUAUGUACAUUAUUAGAGGUCAUGUUGACUUAAGUGGUAAGAGUAAGUGCAAACAUUUCUGGGAAUUCAGCAGAAAGGAUUUAUGUGUUGUUGAAAGUUAGCUUGUGACAGUUUGUGUAUGAAAGGUGAAGAUACUAAAUACUGUAGGUUUGCAGAGUAUAGUAAUGUUGAGCAAGGAUGUGGCGAUAAAUACAGCAUGUAGUGAAAGAUAAUUGUAAUGUUGGUGGUGUUGGCUUUGGUUUUUAAAUGUACACUAUCUUAGGUUGCUAAAAAUCACACUGUUGCAUCAUUUUACUUUUUCAACCAAAGAAACUUUUUUCUACACCUUAGUUAAAAUUUUGUGUAAAAGUUCAGUGACCUUAUUGCAACUGCAGGGCAGUUUCUCCAUAUUUUAUUUAUUUUAAUACAGGGCCUGUCUGCAUCUGUUUUCUAUUUAGUAUCAGGUGGAUUUCUUUGUUUUCGAGUCUUUGAGGAAGGGAAAUAUCUAGGUGGUUAUUAGGAAGCAUUCUGGUAUGGCAUCUGAUGUGUUUGUAGUCUUGUUAACACUUUGAAAGAUUGCAUUGGAAAUUAGUAUCUUCAGGGUUCUCCUGUAUUCUGCAUUUAAUGACCGAAAUGAUCAUUUGCAUUAUUUCUUUAUUAACAACUUUUUGUGACCAUCUUCAAUAAACAAAAUGUUUUUUA